GCUAGUUUCAGGAUGUAAAUUUUGUUCCAUCCAAGCAAAAGAUAACACAGAGAUCUUCUGUUUCUCUGAUGGGGUAUUUUGGGCAUUUUCAGUACCCGAUAGUCACCAUCUUCCCCUUCUAUAUGCAUCAGAUAUUGCCAAGUUCUUGUAAUUUUGAAGGUGGCCCAAUGGGAGUUAAAUUGCCUCUGACUUCUGAACUGAAUAUGCUCUCUUGGUCUCUCAUCCUAUCCUAUGUUAGCCAAAGUAAAACUCUUCUGGUUAUUUGUAGUGGCUGAUUAAACAAUUUUGUGGGGUAUUGUUCUAAAGCUACUAUGCUACAAUAUGAACCAGUUAUUUUUAGCCAUCAAGAUUUACCCUUAAUCACACUGACCAAGAGCCUCAACGCAAGUGUCUAAUUGCUUACAGUGGGAUGGCUAAUAUUACAGUCAAUAGGGUCUCCAACUCUAAAUCAUUUGACUUUUAGAUCCAACAGUAAUGCCUAGAUGAUCUUUGUCGCAAGAUUAAGUGUAAUUUCUUGCUAUAAACAAAGUGACAGUAGUCAAUUUCUUAAUUUUUUUUUUAUUUGUAAAUGUGCACACUCAGAAAUGUGGCAAAAGUAAUUACAAGGAUCAUUGCUCUAGCACUUGAUCUGGAGGCUGAUUUUUUUGACAAGCCAGAAAUACUUGGCGAGCCUAUUGCGACCUUGCGCUUGUUGCACUAUGACGGUCUAGUCUUUGAUCCCUCUAAAGGAAUAUAUGGAGCUGGGGCACAUUCGGACUUUGGAUUUAUUACCUUGUUGGCAACAGAUGAUGUCCUAGGUCUCCAAAUUUGCAAGAACAAGGAUGCUAAACCUCCGACAUGGGAAUAUGUGCAACCUAUGAGAGGACCAUUCAUAGUGAAUCUUGGUGAUAUGCUGGAACGAUGGAGCAAUUGUAUUUUCAGGUCCACGCUCCAUCGAGUUAUAGGGAAUGGUCAAGAACGGUAUUCUAUUGCAUCCUUCCUGGAGCCUAACCAUGAUUGUCUCAUUGAGUGCUUGCCAACAUGUAUGUCUGAGGAAAAUCCUCCGAAGUUUCCGCCCAUCCAGUGUCAGACCUACUUGUCCCAAAGAUUAGACGAUACUCAUGCUGAUUUAAAUGUAUACAGAAGGGAAGGAGCUUAGAGUUUGCCAUCCAGAGUGGAAGCCUGUCAACCCGCACUUGCCUGAAGUAGGGGUAUACUUUCAGACCUCGUACGAAUGGGCAUAAUGAACUUAGAGAAGAGCAUCCAAUGGGGUACCUACAUCAUAUACAACCAAUAAUCUGUUUAUGUUUAUGCAUGGAGGCAAUAGUUUAGCCGCUUCCGCCUUAUUUUGCCCCUAAAUUAGCUGUUUGUACAUGCCACACUUUAAGAAAGGAAAUUAAAAGGAAAUGCCACACA